UCAGCAUGUGGAGUCUGCUACUAAAUUUGGCUGUCUUAGCUUGGGCUCAGAGCUUUAGCAUACCGAAUACCAAGUAUGAUAUCGAAAUACUUGCUCUGCGCAUGCUGCCGGGUGAGCAAGAGACGCUGGCGGAUAUUUCAGGACUCAGCUUCGUAGGACGCGAUCGUCGUGUCAAUGGCACGCUGGACAUACUUGCUGAUCUGGACAAUGAGCACUUUGAGCUUGCUGGCGACUCUUCAAUUGAUGUGAGCAACGGCGGCGGCAACUUUAUCCAAUUGCCUUUUAUGAUACCACGCACCAGAUUCUGUGAUGCUGUAAAGAAGUUCAUCGCUGUUUAUGGGCAGGAUACGGUGCGCAUGGGCGUCAAUACGGACUUUCCGGUGGAUGGCAGCGUGUGUCCCAUACCCAAGGGCACUUACUAUAUAAAGAAUGUGAAAAUGAAUGCUGACGAUUGGCCGCUGCUGAUGCCCAGAGGCAUUAUGAAGAGUUACUUUCGUGUCUAUAAGGAUGGCAAGAGCGUGGGCAGCAUCGAAUGUUUGCUGAAUGCCAAAGAUAAACUAUAA